AUGCCUUCUCAUCAAGAAUUGCAAGAUGAAUAUAAUGCUACGCAAACCACUGCCGUUGCUACUUUUAUUCCUUCUUAUACUUCUCCAACAAAAAAACCUAAAUUGACUAACGGGAAGUCGUUAAAUUCUAAAUCAGGCGAUUCAAAUACUAAAUCUGUCUGUAAAGACGAUAUUGUGGGGGGUUCAUUCGAUAAGACCCAACUGACGAAGUUACUAAUUCACUCUUUGAAAGAAUUAGGGUAUGAUAAUUCUGCUUUGACUUUACAAGAGGAGAGCGGCGCCAUUCAAGUAGAGUCGUCGGUUGUUCAAAAACUGUUCAAUUUCAUUAGAAAUGGUGACUUCAUUAACAUAAGUUUAGAUUUGUUAACAAAAUUACCCUUAAGAACAGGCCAUCUUGACUUAUCUCGAAUCCAUUAUACCUUUCCACUAUCAUCUAAUAGUCUUUCCAAUAGGAAUGAUUCUACUGCCAGUUCUAGUAAUGGAAGAGAUUCGAUGAGAAUAGAAACAAUGAUUUCAAGUGAUGGAGAUGAUUUCAGAAGACUAUCUUCACAUAUGGCUUCUCAAGUAUCCAUUUUGGAAGAUAUUUUAGAAGUAGUGGCUAAGAAAUUACAUUCAAAUUCUGUCCUACUAUUCUUAGAACAGUUUAAAGAAAUCAUUGAAAUAUUCGUAUUAAUCAACAUGGAAAUAUUCUUAGAGCUAGUAUUCACAAAUGGUAAUGCAAUCGAUUCAGUUACUUAUUUAAGGAACAUUUUCCGUAAAUUCAUACAAAUAUGGGAUUCGGUUUUGCUUUUACAAAAUGAAUUCGCUGAACCUGAUCCAAAAUUUAAUCCGGAUAGUUUACUGAGAGAAAUGUCAAGCCUUUUAACCAAUCCUUAUUCUAAUAACAGUAAUAACCACUACAACGGAAACAAUAUUACUAAUGGGAACGAAAACAAUAGCAGCAAUAAUAAUGGAAAUGUCAAUAUGGGUUACUCAAUAUGGAAAGGCUCAAGCAUAUCAACAAGAGAAUAUAUCAUGGAAUUAAUCUCCAACUAUAUAAAUCCAAACGACUUAGUGCCCAAAGGUCGUUUAAUUACACUAUUAAAACAAGCUAUUGAAUACCAGAAAUCACAAGACAUGUUUAAUGUGAUUGACAUGGAUAUGGAUCCGACAAAUAGAGGGGAAAAUGAUACACGUCCUCAUGUAUUCAAUUUAUUGCAAGACAAUAGCACUAAUUUGGGAAAUAUUAAAUUUUCAGAAGAAUACAUUUUAACACAAAAUACAGAGGAAAUAUGGUAUUUACAAUUCUCACCUGACGGUAAAUAUCUAGCCAGUGCUGCUGCUGACUCAGGAACUGAUCGUAAAAUUUUCAUUUAUGAUGUGGAGAAUGAUUUCCAAGUAUAUAAAGAAUUAGGUGGUAACAAACAAUGUAUACUUUACCUUUCAUUCUCACCCGAUAGCAAAUAUCUUGUUUCCUGUCCAUUUAAUGAAGCAGCCAAUAUUUAUGAUAUUCAUUCCAAGGGAACACCUACAAAUAUCAAUGAAAAGAUUCCUCCAACGACUCACAAUGGGAAACCAAUAAUCGCAGAAAUCAUUAGCCCUAUUGAUUCAUUCCAUAUACCGAAUAGUCUAGCCUCUAAUGUUCAUACAUCAGCGGUAUCUCCCCCAACAUCAGAUGGUGAAGGUUCAUCAUCUCCAUCAUCCUCGGGCAAUAUCGCUACCAGCACACUUUCCAGAAUCACCCGCCGUGAUAGAACUCAUUCAUCGUCAUAUGCUAGCACUACAUAUGGUCGUAAUGGUAUCAAUAUAACAGGGUUAACUAGUUCUCCAAGAAUUUGGUGUUGUGACUGGUUCCAUACUAAAGAACAUUACGGAAAAUUCGCAGUUGGAUCUCCAGAUAGGGAUGUAGUAAUUUAUGACAUUUUCUCCAAGAAAAUAAUCUAUAAAAUGGCAAGUUCCAUAUCAUUUGCGAAUAACGACGUUUUAGAAAACAUGAUAGGGAAUGAUGCAGAUCAGUCGAGGAUGGCAUCACGCUCUAAUGAUAGUGGCAGAGGUGGCAGUAACAGUAGCAAUAAUAAUAACAAUAAUAAUGCUAACAUCAAUACUCAUUCAAAUAUGGAAUCCAGUACUUUUACGUUUAUGGACCAAUUCCCUAGGAUUCAUGAUCUGAAAAUUUCCAGAGAUGAUAAAUGUCUAAUCUUAAUGACUCAUCAGGGCAUUAUUGAAGUCUACGAUAUUUCCAAAUUCCCAAAUAAUGACAUUAUCAAUCAAUUAUUAGAAGAGCGUUCUAAUUCUUUUAAUGUCAAUGAUAAUGAAAGCAAAAGUAAUGCAAUUGAGGGUGUUGAUAUGGAUCCAAUUUUACAUGAUUUGAUAUUUACCAAGAUUUCUCAAUUAAAUAUUAAUAAAAACAUGACGUGUAUAUCUUUGCCUGAUAUUGAAUGUUUCCCUACGGGUGAUGAAGAUUACGAUAUGGACAGCAAAGAUGAAGAGGAAAAUGCGUAUUCUUUGAAUUCACUAUUAUUAGUUAGUUUACAAUACAAUGAAAUGCAAUUAUGGGAUUACAAAGAAAAUCUUUUAAUUCAAAAAUUCAUAGGGCAAAAACAAGAACAAUUUAUAAUAAGAUCAUGUUUUGGUUAUAAUAAUAAAUUAGUUGCCAGUGGUUCAGAAGAUGGUAAAGUUUAUAUAUGGGAUAGAAUCAAAGGAAAUAUCAUUAGCGUAUUGAAUGCUCAUAAUGCUCAAACAAUUCGUGACAGUAAAAGAUUAGGGAUGAAUUGUAACGUUGUUGUUUGGAAUCCGAAAUGUAAAUCAAUGUUUGCAUCUGGUGGGGAUGAUGGAUUGAUUGUUAUAUGGAACGUCAAUAGAGAAUAA